ACAAUGGCGUCGGGGGGAUCCCACCAACAGCGAGUAAGUAACGCCCACCUUGUUCACCCCUACCUGAAGGACGGUAUUCGAUAGCGGCGCCGUCUGACAAAUUCUCCCCACUACCGCGGAUUUCGGUCCCGCCCAUCGUAAAAACUAGUCUACUGUCCAUGUAUCUGCUCAAUACAGCAAAGCUGAGCGUAUCGGGUUAAAAAAGGACAAGAAGAAGAACCAAAGGGACCAGAGUGAGCCAGAGGAUGUUGGGUCUAGGGGUUUAGAUUCGGUUAGUUCGAGAAGUGGGGGGCUGAAGAUGACGACGCCGAAAUCCCGAAGCGUACGAGGGAUCCUCGCGUGAAGGAAAGGCAGACUCUGGUGGUCAAUCGGGCGCCGCGCACCGCAGUAGCGACGCGUCACUGCACCCCCAGUUUAGUUGCACGUGCUCCAUCGUACCGUCGCUUUAUCGGCCAACCAGGCGCAAUAAACGCAAUAAACGACAAAUAUUAUUCCUCAUCAUCGCUCGUACGGAUCAUUUGAUUGUUGGUCAUCAUCAAUAUUAACAUCUUUACAAAAAUUCAUCCACUCAUUCACUAAAACUCCACUCAAAUGGAAUACCUUUAAAUCUUAGAUAUUUGUUAUUAAACCUGGACUGUUUUAAAUAAAAGUUUUAACAUUUAACCCAAUAGCAAGUGUCGUUAUUUUAUUUUUACUCCAAGUCAUAAAAGUUUUUGCGCUGAUUGUAAUCUACCGAUUUUGGAGUAGUUAAUAAUUUUAUUCAACCGACUGUGUUACAACGCGUUGAGUGAUUUUAUUAUUUAUAAACUAAUAGUGUACCGACGGAUAAGUGAUUAAAAACUUUAGUUCAUUUUUUAAAUUUUAAAAAUUGGACGGUGCUUAUUUUUAAUAAUAAUUGUUUAUUGUGGAGUGCGUAAAUUUAUUAUUUAGACGUGAUUGUUUGUUUUAUGUAUGAGUUGAGUACAACCCAAGGAAUUGUUUGUAAAUUAAUAAUAAUUGUUGUUAUUAUAUUUGGAGUAAAUAUUUAAACAAAAGUUAUUGUCGGCUGGCGGUGAAAUUUUCACCGCUGAUACUCGUUCCCGGUGAUCGGAUCCGGCCUGAUCACGGCCAUUCUCGACACGCACUGUGUUAGCGUGGCCGGAGGCGGCGGGGGUGUCUCAGGUGCCGGAAGUGACGGCGUCUCAGAUUACCCGCCGAGCGCUGCGGCUGUUAGGAGCAGAGAAGCGGCCGCGGCGGCGCUGCACGCGGCAAGAACGCUGUUGGGCGCGGGGGUGGCUAACCCUUGCUCGUCCACCCCCGAGCCUUCGUUUUGGAAAAUGCCUCAUAAAGAGGAUGACUUGAUGCAUGGAGGCGGACCAGGUCUUGGCGGGGGCAUGGUCAGUCAGAACUCAAUAUUUGGAUGCUCGUCAGCCGGACACAGUGGGGUCAAUCAACUCGGAGGUGUUUACGUUAAUGGACGGCCACUUCCGGAUUCCACCAGACAAAAAAUUGUCGAACUAGCUCACAGCGGCGCAAGACCGUGUGACAUUUCACGCAUACUUCAAGUCAGCAAUGGAUGUGUUUCCAAAAUUCUUGGCAGAUAUUAUGAAACAGGAUCAAUAAAACCACGUGCAAUCGGUGGCAGUAAACCACGAGUAGCAACGACACCAGUUGUAAAUAAAAUUGCUGAUUACAAACGUGAAUGUCCGUCAAUAUUUGCAUGGGAAAUACGUGAUCGGUUGUUACAAGAGGGAGUUUGUAAUAAUGAUAAUAUACCUAGUGUGUCCUCGAUCAACAGGGUGCUGAGAAAUUUAGCCUCUCAGAAAGAGCAACAGGCAGCGGCAGUUCAGGCCCAUCAGGGCGCCGAAAGUGUCUACGACAAGCUGAGAAUGUUCAACGGUCAGGCCACUGGUUGGCCGCCAGCCUGGUACUCGGCUACACCUUCCCAUCAUCCUCUGGCAACCGGGAUACCAACAACAGCUGCACCAGGAACUGGUCAAUCCUUAUUACCCGGUGGUCAAUUGCAUCCCCGUGAUGAUUCGCUUCUCAAACGUUCUGAUGCUGGGUCUUUGUUGUCACAUCAGCAAGAAACAACGAGUGAUGGUAAUUCAGAUCAUAACUCAUCUGGGGAUGAAGAUUCACAGGUUCGGCUCAGGCUCAAACGUAAAUUGCAACGCAAUCGCACCUCUUUUUCAAAUGAUCAGAUCGAUGCGCUUGAAAAAGAAUUCGAGCGGACCCAUUACCCGGACGUAUUUGCACGAGAGCGUCUCGCCGAGAAGAUUGGAUUGCCUGAGGUUUGGUUCAGCAAUAGACGGGCAAAGUGGCGCAGGGAAGAAAAAUUACGCAAUCAGCGACGCGCUGCUGUUGAUCAGGUCGUCGGUGGAGGUGCUGGAGGAAUUUCCAGUGGCUCGGCACCACCUGCUGCUACGCCGGCUACUCCUAGGAUACCGUUGAAUGCUGGGUUCAAUGCCAUGUACUCGUCGAUUCCGCAGCCUAUCGCUACUAUGCCUGAUACUUAUAGUUCAAUGACUAGUAGUUUGGGCGGAUCAAUGGGUGGCAGUUGUCUGCAACAACGAGCCGAAGGAUACCCGGCGUACGUAUUUCACGAGCCGCUGCACUCUUUAACCCAGUCUUAUUCUCAUCACACGAGUGCGGCGCAUUCGCAACCCCAUCGCGGCAUACCGACCUCCCACGGUGGAACACCGAGCACAUCAGGGGGUCAACCGACCGGUCCAGGAGGGGCACCAUACCAACCUACCACUUCAACUGCCACUGGAGUAAUAUCAGCAGGUGUAUCAGUACCAGUUCAAAUACCAUCCCAGCCACCGGAUCUAACAAGUAACUACUGGCCGCGACUUCAGUGAUCCCAGCUUUUCGGGUUCCCGCCCGCGAGCCUUCUCGUCGGACAGGAGAGCCCGCCUCCAUCAGCGCCAACACCUGGUUCUCUUACACGGCCACUUCUCGCUUCUCUGGGUCUGCCCACGCACCAGCUGCCCUCGCCACCUGUGGUCCACCACCAGCAUCACCAUCAUCAGCAAGCAACCGGCAACACGCCAGCCACGACACCGGUCCACACAACUUCCGACGCCUCCGAGUGAGUCUAUAAGUCACUCUGACUUGCUCAUUUUCGGCCUGGAUUUUAAUUACUUUUUUUAUUUUAUUUAUUUGUUUUUUAUCUUUUUUCAAAUUCUAUUUAUCAAAAAUAAAUAAUCCAAACUGUGGAGUAACAUCCGGAUCAUACAGGGUUUAAGCGCUUCUUUAAAUAUUUUAUCUUAUUAAUAUAAAAAAUAAUAAUACUAAUAAUAAUAAUACUAAUAAUAAUAAUAAUAAUAAUAAUAAUAAUAGUAAUAAUAAUAAAGAAGAAAUUUUGCAGAUGUGUCUGCAGUACGUUUUAAGAUCGAUUCUGCUCAAUUUAAAUUUCUGUGUCUGUGUAUAGAGUAUAGAGUAUGGUAAUUGCAAAAUGAAGAAAGAGACCAGAUAAAGACAGAAAAGAAUAAGUAGAGUAAGAAUUAGAGGAGGAGUUGGAGAAGUUGGGGUUUGAGAAACAGGGGAUGAGGUUGGGGUUGAGGGAAAACGAACCUCGGAACUUGUAGCUACCAAAUAAGAGCAAGUGAGUGAGCUUGAGUCGUAGAAGGGAUUCAAGUUUUAUAGAGAGCUACAACGGCUGGUGGUAUUCUCGCGAGAUUUCCUGUUGGGGUGAUUCGCGGGAUGAGCUGACUGUUUUUUGGGUUCCUAACAGUUGAAUCAAGUAAAGGGAAACUCGAUGCUGCUGAUGAUAGUGAGGGUGGAUUUCUUAGGGUCGGCCAUCGCGCUCUCGUCUAGUUAUGGCGGCCGUGGAUCUUUUUAUAACAAAUUCUCAUUCGACUCUGAUAUCAAAUUUUUUUGUCAUUUAUUUAAACAAUUUUUUUUUGAAAAAAAUCAUUUAAUUUUUCGCAUUUCAAAUUUUAAAUAACAUUAUUAUUUCACAGUACGUUGAUUUAAAUUAUUUGUUUGAGAAGCGCAAAGGGUUUUAGUAAAUGUGGAGCAAAUAAUAAAUAAAAACAAUGAGAUAUUAAAUAUUCUCAUUAAAAAAUAAAACGUUCAAUUUAAAAUGAAAUAUUUGAAUGAUUAAGUAAUUAAUAAGUGUAGAUGAUGUAAAAAUAAAUGUAAAAUAGACUUUGUUACUCCUUAGUUAAUGUAUAUAUAUAUACAUAUACAUAAAUAUAUAUGUAUAUAUAUAACUGAUGAUAAAUAGUAGCUGCAUAUUGUAUAUACGCAUGAGUGAAAAAGACCUGUGCUGUUCAGACUUAAAACUGUAGACUUUGCGGUUAAUAAUUAAACAAAAUACAGAUUAAUAUAUACAGAUUUACAAAUAACCAUUAAUCAUUAAUAGUAAUCUUGCAUAUAAAUCAUUGAGAGUAAGUUUUAACAAUUUAAUGCACUUAUAUUAUUUUAAAUCUGGUAGUCGCGAUUUUUUUUUUAUUCAAUGCAAAAUAUAAAUUUCAUUUUUUAGUUUACUGUUAGUUGGUUAUUUUAUGGUACAGUUGAUUUAUGAUGAGUUUGUUUCACGAGCCGGAGGCUAAUGAUGCCAACACAUGAGUUCUGAGAUUCCGUACUCUUUAGAAAACAGAAAAUAAUAUUAGAAACUGUGACAAGAUGAGUAUUGGACUACACAAAUCAUAAAUUACUCAUAAAUUGAUGCGUUGGCUUCAUAAGCCGAAGGUUAGUGAUGCCAAUACAUUAAUUUUGAGUCUAUACUCAAUAGAAAACAGAAAAUAAUUUUAGAAACUAUGACUAGAUGAGUAUUUGACCACACAAGUCAUAGAUUACUCAUAAAUUAGCGUAUUGGCUUCAAUAAGCCGAAGGUUAGUGAUGCCAAUACAUUAAUUUUGAACCUGUACUCAUUAAAAAACAGGACAUACUUUUAAUAACUAUUACAAAAUGAGUAUUUGACUACACAAGUCAUAAAUUACUUAUAAAGUGAUGCAUUGGCUUCAUAAGCCGAAGGUCAGUGAUGCCAAUACAUGAACUUUGAGUCUGUAUUCAAUAGAAAACAGAAAUGAAUUUUAAAAAAGAAAUAAUUGAUGGUAAAAACUAUCGAUUACUAACAAUUUGCACUAAUCAUUUGUGUUAACUUCAUAAGCCAAAGGUUAAUGAUGCCAGUAUAUUGAUUUGGAGUUAAUCUACAUCAGAAAACAGCAUAUAAUUUUAAAAACAGAGUAAUUUAUCUUAAAAACUAUCGAUUACUGAAAAUUUGUACUAAUUAUUUAUGUUGGCUUCAUAAGCCGAAGAUCAGUGAUACCCGUACAUGAAUUUUGAGUCCAUAUUCAUCAGAAAACAGAAUAUAAUUUAAAAAACAAAGUAAUUGAUAUUGAAAACUAUCAAUUACUAAUAAUUUGUACCAAUUAUUCGUGUUGGCUUCACAAGCCGAAGGUCAGUGAUGCCCGCACAUGAAUUUUGCGAGUCUAUACUCAUUUUAAAGCAUAAAUAAUUUCAAAAACGAUUAUAACUAAAGUAAUAGAUACUUUAAAAUAUUGAUUACUAUAAUUUUGAUUACUUACUCAAAAAUUUUUGUUGGUAUUUAAAUUAAAACCUAACGCGCGACUAUUUAAAGAUUAAUAAUUUUUGUUUUGUUUACUGAUGAAUGAAACUAAUGAUUAAUUAACGGAUUUAAAUGAACCCAAGUGCAUUUGCAUUAAUAAUUUGACAUAAUAAAUAAAUAAUAAAGUAAUAAAAUGAAUAAAAAAACAAUCAGUAUAUAAAUUUAGAAUAAAGUUAAAGAAUGUUUGAUUCGAUCUCAUAAUCACAGUCAAUAGUUAGUUUAUUUCAACAACAAGAAAGUUUAUUAAAGUAACGUUAAAUAAAGGUUUAAUUACACACGAUAUUAUUACAGAAUGUAUUGUUGUAAUAAUAAAUAAUUAUAGUACCAAAUAAAUCAAUCUAGAUGACUCAUUAAUCGACGACUAAAUAAAUUUUAUUGUAUUCAAUAAAAAUAGAAAUAAAUAUUCAGAAAAGAAUGAAAAGUAACAGGGGAAAAUUUAUAUUUUUGGAAUAAAACUCGAGAUAAAAUAAAAAAAUUGAGGCUAAAUUUAAAGUUUGAGUGAAUAGAGAAAACUUUUUACGAGCCAUUGGAUCAAAAAAAAAAAGUUAUUUGAAAUAUGUAAAUAAUUAUAAUUUCUUCCGUGUUAUUGUUCGGAAUUUUUUUUAGUAUUUUAUAUCACAAUUAUGUAAUACUUAUAAAUAAAUUUAGAAUAAUGAUAACAAAAUGUACAGAUUUUAAAAAUAAUAAUAAUUAUUAUAAAUAAAUAAGUUAGUGAAUUUUAACACGGGAGUAUUUAUCGUAGAAACUCGAAAUAAAAUAAAAUGUAUGCGUAUAAACAAAUCUAUCAUCAAUAAAAAAUAUUAAUAUUAAUAAUUAAUGGAUUAAUAAUUAUAAUUAUAACUAAUAUAUAAUAUUCGCGGCAGUAAUUUUAUGUAAGUGUUGUGAAUAAAAUGAUAUUGUUGCUGUGAUUAUCUUAAGAUUGUAAGUAGUAGAACAAAACAAAAAAUAUAUAUAAAUAUAUAUAUAUAUAUAUA